AUGGUCCUCCGGAUAGCUUCCCUCCUCGCCCUCAGCGCACUCCUCACUUCCGCCUACUGCAUCCCCCCAGACCAACAAUGCAACCGCAGAUUCAAAGGCCUCCAGCAAAUGACCGUCAACCAACUACAAUCAAGACAACCCACGCAAGCCCUCCCAGCAAAUAACAAUGCAACCCUCCAAUACAUCGGCCUCGGCGUGGGCCUCCAAAACUACAGCUGCGCCAGCACGACAUCAACACCCAAAAGCAUCGGCGCCAUCGCCACUCUGUUUGACGUUACCGACUACCUGCGCGACUGCGGGAACCCCAAGACAUCGAAGCUGAGCCGGCAGUACCUCAAAGCGUACAACCGCGAAGCGUGUCAAGCAUCCCAGGACCUGAGUGACGAUAGCUGCCAGGAGGCCGUCAACUUCAUGGAUUUCGAUGUACUGGGCAAGCAUUACUUCGGCAAACCCAAUGGCGCUGGAGUCCCGUUCUUCGACAUCUACGAUCAAGCAUUCCUGUCAGCACAAAAGAUUGGAGACGUUACCGCUCCGGAAUCUGCGUAUGAUGGUGGCAAGAACGGCUUUGGGGCGGUGGACUGGCUGUUCCUCCCUGAAGAUGGGUCAAAUCGCUCGCAGGGGCUGUCGGAGGUCUAUCGCAUCCACACUGCUGGUGGCGCUCCUGAUCCGCAGGGUUGCAGCAGUGGGGAUGCUGUGUUGAGUUAUAAGUAUGCGGCGGAGUAUUGGUUUUACUCAUGA